UGUUGAAUGUGAGUGAGCGGUGAUUGUGAAAGUGCUGCAGCAGAGCUGCAGGUUUGUCCACUGCGGUCCGGUUAUUGUCCGUUAUUUUGUUGUUAUUGUUGUUAUUGUUAGUGCGAUGGCCUCGCGCUCGUCCUCGCCGGACUCUGAGGGCUCUGAGCUUCAGGAGGAGUUUGAAAGUGCAGCUGAUCGAGUCAGAGAGCUGGUACACACAGCCCCGCGAGACAAGCUGCUGUACCUUUACGCCAGGUACAAACAGGCAAAAGUUGGAAAAUGCAACACGCCCAAACCAGGUUUCUUCGAUUUUGAGGGUCAAAGAAAAUGGACAGCGUGGAAGGAUCUGGGGGAUAUGAGUAAAGAGCAGGCCAUGCAGGAGUACGUGUCGUGUGUAAACGAGUUGGAUCCAGACGGUUCUAAGUCUUCAGAGCGAAGAGGCGAGCGGAGGACGGCGUUCGGAGGAGCAGCGGUCAGCUGUCUGUACCAGGAAGAGAUGAUCAGGGAGGAAGAUAAGAACAUAUUUGACUACUGCAGAGAGAACAACAUCGAGCAGGUCAGCAAAGCGCUCAGCUCGAAGAAAGUAGACGUCAACACAAAGGAUGAGGAGGGUCGCGCUCUGCUACACUGGGCGUGUGAUAGAGGGCAUAAAGAGCUGGUGUCUCUCUUACUGAACAACAGCGCUGACAUCAACAGCCAGGAUGAUGAGGGCCAAACUCCACUGCACUAUGCUUCAGCCUGCGAGUUCGCUGAAAUAGUGGAGUUGCUGCUGGAGGCCGGUGCUGACCCAUCCAUUAAGGAUAGUGAAGGUUCUCUGCCGGAGGAAGUGACUGAGUCCAGCUCCAUCUCAUCUCUCCUGCGGCAGUACACCGCCCCCAAAGGAUAAAAACCUAACCCUAAACCCCUACGCCCUACGCCCUACACCCUACACCCUAAACCCCUGGACCCAGACUACAGGCUACAUCCCCUAGAAUAUUGACAAAUGACCAAAUCUCCACCAGAGUCCAGAACUACUGGGAAACGUCCCCUCCAUCAGCAGGCCACAGCCGGACUGAGUGACCUUUCUGUCUGACCAUUAGAGAAGAACAGGACCUGAUGCCGCCUCAGUGACCAUGUUCUAUAAAUCAGAAUGCUGUACAAAUAGUUCUGCAGUUAAACGUGUUUAGGUUGAGCUGAGUGACCGUUUGAAAGGACCUGCGGUUGUACUUUAAUUAGAGCUAGAGUGAAGGAUUAGGGCUAGAUUUAGGUUUUGGUUUAAGGGUUUGCAAUAUUAUCAGGUUUCAGUGACCUUCCAUAAUCGCUGAUGAUAAAGGUUCUGAAAAGGGUUCUUUGUGUGAUGCUAUAGAACAGUGGUCCUCCUGGAGAUCUGCUUUUCCAGCACAGUUUAGUUCCAGACUGCGUCUAACGUACUCGUACCUACACUCUUAAAGAUGGUUCUUCAUUAAGUUCUUUAUUAAGGACAGUGGUUCUGUAUAGAACCACGGCCACUCAAAGGACCAUUUGCAUGCUUAA